UUUCAUUUUCAUUGGUGCUGGUUGAUAACGUAAAGAGCUAAAGAGGCUUUCAUCUCAAUGGAACUCAAUCGCUUAUGGAAAAUUGGAUUUUGCAAAUAGAGGGAUCCGACUUUGCCGAAAUCUACCACAUUUUCAAAGUCCUGCAGUUAGUGGUCGUCUUCACGAUAAUCGAGUUGUUCAUCCAACUUUUACUAUGAACAGCGUCAGUGAAGAAUGCAACGAGUUGAAGAACUCGUACGACAAGUGCUUCAAUGAGUGGUUCAGCCUAAAGUUUUUAAAAGGCGAGAAAAGCGACAAGAUGUGUGCUGAACUCUUUGAAAAGUAUCAGCAGUGUGUUAAGAAUGCGAUGAAAAACCAAAACAUUAGCAUAGAAGACGUCGAGCAGUUUCAGCUGGGCUCCGAACAAGAGAAAAAAGCUCCUCCAAAGAAAUAAAAAAUGUGAUUCGAGUGUAACGUAUCACAUUAGCUUUUCAUAAUUGUAUUAUUUAUGAGUGGCACUAUUCGCACCUAAAUUAGGUGCGAGUAGAAAUUUAACACACCUAAAUUUGGUGCGAAUAUUAGAGGCUUGAGGUACAUAACGGCAGAGUAGACUCAACUCUUAGAACAAUGUUGAUUUUCUGUAAACUCCAGCAAAAUUUCAACUUGAGACUAUUAUUGAAUUAGCUUCAGCCCUGAUGGGACCUGAGCCGGCGCUUUCCUUCGCCUGCGGAAGCUACCGGCAUAACAGGUUAGUUGUAUCUCAUCCCAUUCGCACCAAAUUUACGUGCGUGAAGUUAAAUCCAUAAUUUUUAUUUUUUUUUCUUGAUGGGAAUUGUUAUUAUUUUUGUACGAGUUGUUCCGUGUUUAGUUGUAUUGAAAUUCGCUUGUUCUGCCUGCGGCCAUCAGGACAUACUAAAUUGUUCAUUUCUUGCGCCACAGAUCUUGCUUAAAGUGGUUUUUAUCUUGUGAGUAACUGAUAUUGCAAUAAAUAAUAGUAAAUAUAAUUCUACUUA